AUGCCUCCUCACCACCCCACCUGGACCCAGUCCUACAUCGAGCGAGCUCUGUUGCCCGACACCUCGCCCCUGACGGCCUACCUGCUGCGCCUUAUCGCCAUCAAGCGCACCAACCUGUGCCUGUCCGCCGAUGUGACGACCACCCAGGCCCUGCUCAGCCUGGCCGAGGAGGUCGGCGACUCGAUAUGCCUGCUCAAGACGCACGCCGACAUCAUCAACGACUUCAGCGACCGCACCGUCAAGCAGCUGCGUGACAUCGCGAAGCGCAAGAAGUUCCUGGUCUUCGAGGACCGCAAGUUUGGCGAUAUCGGAGAGACGGUCCAGAAGCAGUACACCGGCGGCCCGCUCGCCAUUGCCCGCUGGGCAGAGAUCACCAACGCUCACAUUUUCCCGGGCCCUGCCAUUGUCUCCUCCCUCAAGGACGCCGCUUCGACCGCCAUUGCCACCUUCAACCAGUCCGUGCAGACCGAGAUCAGCGCCGACCCUUCGGACUCUGCCUCUCCUGCGCAUCACGCCGAUCAGAGCCAUCUUGAGGUUGACGAGCACGGAAACCCCGCUGACGACCGCAAGCAGAGUGUCGUGUCCAUCUCGACGACCAUCUCUCAGAGCAUCAGCCCCCAGCCCACUCCCAUCAUCGAGGACGAGGGCCACCAUGACGACGCCCACGAGAUCUUGGAAAGGCUGGGCAGCACGCCAUUCCUGCGCGCGCUGCUGCUGCUCGCCGAGAUGAGCUCUGCGGGCAAUCUCAUGACCGGUUCCUACACUGAGCAGUGCGUCAAGAUUGCACGCGAGCAUAAGGAUUUCGUCAUGGGUUUCAUCGCUCAGCGCUCUCUGAACACGGAGCCUGGAGACAACUUCCUCACCAUGACUCCUGGGGUCAAGAUUCCCCCCAAGGGCCAGGAGGGCAAGAUGGGCGACGGCAAAGGCCAGCAGUACACUAGCCCUCGCCAGAUCGUCUACGAGCAGGGCUCUGAUGUUGUUAUUGUCGGCCGUGGUAUCAUCGAGGCGGAUAACAGGGCCGAAGAGGCCGAGCGUUACAGGAAGGAGGCUUGGGCCGCGUACGAAGAGCGCAUUGCCAAGAAAUGA